AUCAACCCAGAUGUGGGCUUGGGUCUUGCGUCAUCUGUUUAAGUGUGACCUACAUCUAUUUUUUCUUCACUAAACAUACAUUGCAUCAGAUAACUUUUGUGAAAAGGCGGAUAUUUUUUGCAUAUUUAGAUAGCAGUCAGUCGCUUGUGGAGACCAGAGCAUUUACCCCGAGAGUGCGGGGCAACACAUGAAAUAGCAUUGAAGACAAGAGCUAUAAUCAUGCAUUUCCUCCGUGCUGUAUGUCUGAUGAAGAAGCAUGCCUACCUAAAUGGAGUGGCUGGGGCCAGGUAUAUGUCUUCUGUCCAUGGAGCCUCCAAGAGCACUCUCGACAAGCCAAGAAGAGCACACCUUGUUCUGGAAGAUGGUAGUGAGUUUCGUGGAUACUCGUUUGGACAUGAGGCCUCCAUUGCUGGAGAGGUAGUCUUUAACACAGGACUGGUGGGGUACCCUGAGGCCCUGACUGACCCAAGCUACCACGGCCAGAUACUGACCUUGACCUAUCCCAUAGUUGGUAACUAUGGCGUGCCAGACACACAGGCCAGAGAUGAAUAUGGACUCAUGCUGAAUGUGGAGUCUGACAGAAUACACGCCUCUGGAUUGCUGGUCCAGGACUAUUCUCAUGGAUACAGUCACUGGAAUUCAGUCAAGUCUCUCUCACAGUGGCUGAAAGAGGAGAAGGUACCUGGUCUCUAUGGUAUAGAUACCAGGAUGAUCACCAAGAUGAUCAGAGAUAAGGGCACAGUGUUGGGAAAAAUUGAAUUUGAUGAGCAGCCAAUAGAAUUUAUGGACCCCAACACAAUGAACCUGAUUGAUAAAGUGGCCACUAAGGAUAUCAUAGUGUACGGGAAGGGAAAUCCCCUCAAAGUGGUGGCAGUGGACUGUGGUAUAAAACACAACAUGAUCAGAAUGCUGGUGAAGAAGGGAGCAGAGGUGACUCUUGUCCCAUGGAAUUAUGACUUCACCCAAGAUAAAUUUGAUGGACUGUUUAUUUCUAAUGGUCCAGGUGACCCUGCUGUGGCCGGGGAAUUGGUGGCCAAUGUAAAGAAGGUUUUGGACAACAGACCAGAGCCAAUAUUUGGUAUAUGUAUGGGGAACCAGAUCACCUGUCUGGCAGCUGGGGCACAGUCUUAUAAGUUACCUUUGGGAAACAGAGGUCACAACCAGCCAGUGAUCAACCUCCUGAGCGGACAGGCUUUCAUCACCUCCCAGAACCAUGGCUUUGCUAUAGACAACAAGACUCUUCCCCCAGGCUGGCUGCCACUCUUCAUCAAUGCCAAUGAUGGAACAAAUGAGGGUAUCUAUCAUGAAAAUCGCCCUAUAUUUACUGCACAGUUUCACCCAGAAGCCAGAGGAGGUCCUACUGACUCUGAGUUUCUGUUCGACAUGUUUCUCGACAUGAUAAAAUCUGGGGAGCAAAAAGUGUCGAAGAUUGUGAAACCAAUGCCACCUAAGCCAGACUUGAAGCCAGUGUCUAAAGUUCUUGUUCUGGGCAGUGGAGGGCUGUCCAUUGGUCAGGCUGGAGAAUUUGAUUACAGUGGCUCUCAGGCCAUCAAAGCAUUAAAGGAAGAGAACAUUGAUGUAGUUUUAAUGAACCCUAAUAUAGCCUCGGUCCAAACCAAUGCUGAAGGGGAAAAGCAGGCGAAUACUGUCUACUACUUACCCAUCACGGCAGAGUUUGUCACUGAGGUCAUCAAGAAAGAGAAACCCGAUGGAAUUCUGCUUUCAAUGGGAGGACAGACAGCACUCAAUUGUGGUGUGCAGCUACAUGAUGCAGGAGUGUUCCAGAAGCAUGGAGUCCAGGUGCUGGGGACACAGAUCAGCAGUAUUAAGGCCACUGAGGACAGACAGGUGUUUGCUGACAUGUUGAAGGACAUUAACGAGAGACUGGCUCCUAGUAUUGCUGUGGAAACAGUGCCUGAUGCCUUGGCAGCAGCUGAGGAGAUCGGGUACCCUGUUAUGGUGAGAGCUGCCUAUGCCCUGGGAGGUCUGGGGUCAGGAUGGGCACCAGAUAAGGAGAAACUGAAGGACAUAGCAACCAGGGCACUUGCACUGUCUAAUCAGAUUCUUGUGGAAAAGUCACUGCUUGGUUGGAAGGAGGUGGAAUAUGAAGUUGUCAGGGAUUCAGCAGACAACUGUAUUACUGUCUGCAAUAUGGAGAACUUUGAUCCAUUGGGGGUUCAUACAGGCGACUCCAUAGUGGUUGCUCCCAGUCAGACUCUGUCAAAUUACGAGUACCACAUGCUGAGAGAGACCGCCAUUAAGGUGGUGAAACAUUUUGGCAUUGUUGGGGAGUGUAACAUCCAGUAUGCCCUGCACCCUGAGUCUCUGGAGUACUGUAUCAUUGAGAUUAAUGCUAGACUGUCCCGUAGUUCUGCUCUGGCCUCUAAAGCCACAGGCUAUCCCCUGGCAUUCAUUGCGGCAAAGUUGGCAUUGGGGAUAGACCUUCCCAGCAUUCAAAAUGCCACCACAGAGCAGACGACAGCCUGCUUUGAGCCCAGUUUGGACUACAUUGUCACCAAGAUUCCACGCUGGGAUCUGGAUAGAUUCCACCAGACAUCCAAAGAAAUUGGCAGCUCCAUGAAAAGUGUUGGAGAGGUGAUGGCAAUUGGACGUACAUUUGAGGAGAGUCUUCAGAAAGCACUGAGGAUGACUCACCCCACUGUACCUGGCUUGACACCAGCACUUCCUGCGGGAAAGAGCUACGCCCCUGAUAUGGACUUGGAAGCCCUGCUGAAAGUUCCUCAUAAUUCUCGGAUACACUGCAUUACUAAGGCUUUCCAUGAGGGUUACACCGUGGAUGAUAUUCAUAAACUGACUGCUAUUGACAAGUGGUUCCUGUACAAACUGGACAAGAUAGUCCAUAUGGAAAACACUUUGAAGUCCUACAAGGGAGCUCUGACUGUCCCCACCCACCUCCUAGCACAGGCCAAACAGGAUGGGUUUGCUGACCGUCAAAUUGGGCAGGCACUCGGGAUCACUGAAUCAGAGGCCAGAGAUAUGAGACUUAGUAAAAACAUCAGACCAUGGGUCAAGCAGAUUGACACAAUGGCAGCCGAGUAUCCUGCCCGCACCAACUAUCUCUAUGUGUCCUACAAUGGCAUGGAGCAUGAUCUUACCUUCAAUGAUAACGGAAUAACAGUGCUGGGCUGUGGACCCUAUCACAUUGGCAGCAGUGUGGAGUUCGACUGGUGUGCAGUCUCUUGUAUCAGAUCACUCAGAGACAUGGGGAAGAAGACGAUUGUUAUCAACCACAACCCAGAGACUGUGAGUACUGAUUUUGAUGAAUGUGACCGCCUGUACUUUGAGGAGCUUUCUUUGGAGAGAGUGCUGGAUAUAUACCAACAAGAGGUUUCCAAGGGAAUAGUUGUCUCAGUUGGAGGCCAGAUUCCAAAUAACUUGGCCCUGCCUCUGUAUAAGAAUGGUGUGAACAUUUUUGGCACUAACCCCACUAUGAUUGAUGCUGCUGAGGAGAGAUCAGUGUUUUCAGCCAUUUUGGACAAGAUAGGUGUUGGACAGGCUCCUUGGAAGGCACUAACUUCAUUGGAUGAAGCCCUGGACUUUGCUGCAAGUGUUGGCUACCCAUGUCUGCUUCGACCGUCCUUCGUGCUCAGUGGCUCCGCCAUGAAUGUUGCCUAUGGACCAGUAGAACUCAAGAAGUUCUUGGAGCAAGCGUCUGAGGUCUCACAGGAACACCCGGUGGUCAUAACGAAAUUUGUUGAUGGAGCUCGGGAGAUCGAGAUGGAUGCCGUUGCCAGAAAUGGAGUGGUUGUUGCCCAUGCUAUCUCAGAACAUGUGGAGAAUGCUGGUGUUCACAGUGGAGAUGCCACCCUCAUCCUGCCAUCACAGACCAUCAGCCAGCACUGCCUGGACUUGAUCAAGGAUGCCACCAGGAAGAUAGCUAAGGAGUUUAACAUCUCGGGACCCUGUAACAUCCAGUUCUUAGCCAAGGAUGACCAGGUCAUGGUCAUUGAAUGCAAUCUGAGAGCCUCGCGCUCUUUCCCAUUCAUCUCCAAAACCAUCGGCACAGACCUGAUCUCCGUGGCAACGAAGGUUAUGCUGCAUGAACACAUUGACAUUGAGGACAUGCCGACCCUGGAAACUCCCCAUAAUCCUGUGGGAUACGUGGGAAUAAAGGCUCCCAUGUUUUCCUGGCCCAGACUGAGAGACGCAGACCCAUUGCUGAGAUGUGAAAUGGCAUCCACGGGAGAGGUGGCAUGUUUUGGACCCGAUGUAUAUACUGCAUUCCUGAAGGCUCUGAUGUCUGCCGGAUUCAGAAUACCCAAGAAGAAUGGCAGUGUGUUAAUUGGUAUCCAGCAGUCCUUCCAGCCCAAGUUUCUACCAACAGCCAAGAAACUGUCUGAUUUAGGCUACCAGUUGUGCGCCACUGAAGGCACAGCAGCAUAUCUGAACACUCAUCACAUCCCUGCCCAGGCUGUAGGAUGGACUUUGUCUGAAAACAAGGACCAGAGUUUACCCCAUGCCACCACGUUGAUACAGGAUCGUAAAGUUGAUCUGGUUAUUAAUCUUCCAAACCACAACACUAAAUACGUCAAGGACAACUACUUAAUUCGCCGCAGUGCAAUUGAUUUUGGGGUACCUCUGCUUACUAAUUUUGAGAUUGUCCGCUUAUUAGCUGAAGCAUUUGACCACACGGGCAAUGUGGAAGCCACCAGUUUGUUCCAUUAUCUGAAACCAAGAAAGAAAUCUGCCAGAUCUGCAUAAAUUUUGGACAGUUGUCUCCAUUGUUACAGGGACCACAUACAGGGGUUCUAUGCCUUGUUAUUACUGAAAAUUAUCUAUUACAUUCUUAUAAGCAAUUUAAAGGACAUUGCUUUUUUAUAUAAACAUUUAAUGGUUGACAUUGAUCUGUCUGCUGCCUCAAGUCAUGAGAACUGAUUUUAAAGUGCACAAUAACUUGAAGAAAGCUGAUCGUCGGAUAUUUCAUCUUGUGGAGGGUGGCUAAUCUACAUCUGCCAUGUUGUCCUCAUGAUCAGCUGUACUCAUGCAUGUAAGUUACAGUAUUAAUGCCCUUUAAGUUUUUUUCUUUUAUAGAGAAUUUGUGGAAUGAGGUAUGGUUGGUUAGAACUAGAUAAUCUUUGUUGACUCCCAAAAAAAUGUUAAAUUUUUUAUCUUGAAAUCCUGUAUGUGAUGUCUUAGAGGAAUUUCUAUAAUGCAGAUAACUGAAAAAUCAUUUCAGAAAAGAACAUGCAGAAAAAAUCAAAAAGAUAUUUAGGAUUACUUGCAACUUUGAAUCUCAUCCUUCUCAUUGCACAAAUGAAUUCCAAAGUUAAUAUUUUCAAAGGAAAAAUCUUUGUUGCCAAAUUAUUCCCUUAAGCAAAAACAUGAAUUUUUUUGUCAGACUUUUUAUAUUUGCUCUCCAUUUUAGGAAUGUAUAAUGAUAUUAUAACCUUUAUUUCUGAGAUGUUCAAUCUCAGUUUUCUUUCUGAUGUAAUAGGCAGCUCAAAUGUUUUCAGUAUUGUUUUUUUACAUUUGCAAUGUAUUGAAACGUGGUUUCAUUAUGUUUUAGACUAUUAAAAGUAAAAAUCAUGAUAAAAUUCAUAUUUGCCAGCUAUUUUGAAUGUAUUAAUGCAGAAAUUGAAAGGUAUUUGAUAUUCAUUUUGAUGGCAGCAAAUCGAAUCAAAUUUUGUGCUUUGAAUUUCCAGAAUUUUCUUGUCCAUAUCAUUUAAAGAAAAGAUUGUGCAAUGUAAGAAUGAUGGAUUAAUGUGUAAGAUCGAUGUCAAAUUCAGAUAUCAUUUUGAAGAAAAAAAUAGUGUGAAAUGUUAUAUAUAGAUAGAUAGUGGACUAAGUGAGCAUAUUUUCUCCAGUUUUUCACCUUGUAGUCUUUUGGCCAAGACAUGGUUUGAUUAUUGCUUACUCUAACGGGUACAACAUAUAAUGCAUGUACAGGGGUUCUUGCACUAACAUAGUAUAACGCUGAUGUUGUAUGCUUGCUAUUCAAUUUAUUGUGUAAUAAUUAGAUCUGCAGUAAAGAUGAAUCUCAAAAAUGUAUGAUCUAGUACAUGAAGUAUAUACAGUGUUUUGUAUAUCUUAGACUCUGCAUAAUGCAAGCACUGGUGGAUCUCACAGAAAUGGGGCAUUUGACUAUUUUAAAGUCAUCAUAGAUAACAAUUUUUUGCAGAGUUAUGGGUAAUAUUUUUUCUUAAAAUAUUGCAAUUUUAUCCAUUUAGCAUAAAUUACAUUUGGUUGAAGUUGAAGGUGUAAACUUUCAGUGUAAAUGUGUCCUGACACCAUGGAAAAGGUUAUAUUUGCUAAUAAAUUCUAGUGGGUUUA